GGGAAGCCAGGUGCAGACGCUGUCUCUCGCUCUCAUACACGCUCCUAUAAGUCUUAUUCACGCUCUCUCUCUCUUUGCAGCAUUCUUCGACGCUAAAGAAAAUGGUUUUUUAACGGGAUAUAAAACAUAUGCAAAGUGAACCCUUUCAAAAUUUGGAUUAAUAAAAUAAUCACUAGUGUGUUUGGAAACGUAUUGAAUUCCUUACAAGAACGGGGCUGAGCAGAAGGGUACCUUUGUUGUGCGAGUUUAUGUGCAUGGGGUCAUAAUUUUCGUGGGAAUUUUCUACUGACCGAGAUCAAUCUUCAGCUUUAAGAAGAUCGUGAAGGAUUCGUUUUGCGGUUUGGGACGCUUCCACAAUUGACAACUUUAUUCGAUGUGCGCAUUUACAGAAUAGUGCAGUGUUUGUUAUUGGCCUAUCUCUUAAAAGGAUGUUAAAAGUUUAAUACUAGAAGUAAUAACGUAUUAACUUGAAUUAUCCCGAGCACUGGGAUAUAUAUACUACGUGGUCUCUGAGGAUAAAUAAAUAAUUGAGUUUGGCCGGUGAGAUUGUGGUGAAUGUGUUUAAUAUCCAAUAAUCUGAAACUUCAAACUUUAUUUCCAACUUUGGAUCAACCCAUUCCAUUCGCGGAAUACUAAACAAUCAGGCCGAUCAAGUAUUCAUACCUUUUCAUCGGAGGUGAAUCAAUAAAAUCUAAAAGUGGAUAUUAUUAUAUUACUUCUUGGCAUUUAGGAAAAUAAAUGCAAUUUAACACAAAUUACUGAACGGAAACUUUGGAGGAAUGGACAGAACAACCCGUGGAUCUGAAUAAAACACUUAAUCAAAUUAUAACAUAUUGUUAGACUUGGGUGUAGUUGAAUUAUUGUGAAAUUCUCAGUACAAGUUUUGAAAAAUUAUUAUAUUCUACUACUGACACAGCUAUAGUGGUGAGUAUAUUUCUAAACUUCGGAUUGAUGGAUUUCGCAUUUAAAAAUAUGAUUCAAGCUAAGAAAGCUUGCCUUUGUUGUGGUGAAGUGAGAAACUUGGACCUGUAGUAGUGAUACGGGUUAUACUCGUUUUUAGUGAAUUUCAUGCGAUUAUUUUGAAUUUUGAACCUUCAAAUUGGAUUGGAAUAAUCAAGAUUGACAAAAGUCGAUCGUCAAACAAUUAGUUCCCUCUUUGACGCAUUAAAGUUGACGGCAUCGUUCAACAUCCCAUCAUUAUGUUCCAGUCAAGGAAUCGCAUAACUACCGAGGGUAGGAUGUCCUCCUUCGUAAUUGGAUUCGCUCUCACAGGACUCCUGUUGAGCGGCAUGGUUAGUGGGGAUGACAUGAGAGAUGUAUCCGAAGGGGACGAUGUCGUGUUGGAGUGUCGCUUUGGCCCCCAUUUGAGCACCCGUGGUCCAACUGUGUAUUGGACGAGGACGAACAACCGAGACAAAGACAAUGUUGCUAUUGAAGGAACGCCAUUGGAACAGAAUUACGAAAUCGAUUAUGUACCGACCGCUGGGAAAUACGACUUGAAGAUCAAGAACGCCAGCUAUGAUCGAGAUAACGGAAAAUUCGAAUGUCGCAUGAGGUCUCAAGGAUCCGGACACGAACUUCACUCAAAAACUUUUCAGCUGACCGUGCUUCUGCCGCCCGGACCUCCUCGCAUCACACCCGUCGAACCCUCAGCCACUGAAGGCCGUACAAUUGAAUUAACCUGUUCAAGUUCGGGUGGAAGUCCUGACCCACUCAUCCGAUGGUACCGAGCAGGGAUGCCCUACCCAUUGGAAUCCAUAAUCAAGAACGGAGGGUCCAGAAACAACCCUACCUCAGCAAUUUUGUCCGUUGUUCCCCAAAGAGAUGACGAUGGGACGGAUUACCGCUGCGUGGUGUGGAACAGGGCGUUGGGUGAAGGAGAAAAGCUGGAAAGUUCAACUCAACUCAAUGUUAAUUAUUAUCCACGUGUGAAAGUUGGUCCGGAAAACCCAUUGCGAGUCGAGAAAGGAUCGCCAUGUCGGCUAACGUGCAAUGUGGAUAGCAAGCCCGCAGUUAACUCUGUUAAAUGGACUAGAAACGGACGAUUCUCAGAGACCUCUUUCACCUACACCAUUCCCAGAGUUUCAAUCCAGGACGCAGGAACGUACGUUUGCCAGGCAGAGAACGGGUUGGGACAAUCAGGAGAGUCGGACUUGAGCUUGGAAGUUUUAUAUGCACCAAUCGUCUCCGUGAUUGCCAAGAAAGAGAUUGAAGAAGGUGAAAAUGUGUGGAUCAAAUGCAACGUGUCCUCAAACCCAAGACCAGCUUCCAUCGAAUGGAUAAAAAUGGAUGACCCCAAUUUCCGACAAACUGGAGAUAUUUUACGGAUUGAACGUGUGUCUGCUGCAAAUGUGGGAACCUACGCUUGCAAAGCUGUCAAUAUAAUCAACCCAUCCGGGGACACCAGUACCUACGAAAGAACUGGAAAUGCCACGGUGACCCUGAUGAUUAAACACGCUCCUGGCAAAACAUUCAUUGAACCAGCCGAACCAAACGUCGUAGAAGGGUCCGGAGUAACUUUAAAUUGCGGAGCGAAUCCUCCCGGAUGGCCCCUUCCAAACUUUAGAUGGUGGAAAGAAGGUUCUGAAAGCACAAUUUCAGUCGGCCCUCAACUGAAUAUUGGAUCUGCCAAAGUAUCUUCUGAAGGAGUUUAUUUGUGUCAACCAACAAACGAAAUUGGAACCGGGACCAUUGCUUCUGCUACUUUGAAAGUAUACCAAGCACCAAAAAUCGUCCAGACACUUCAACCUCAGAUUUUGAAAAAGACUGGCGAUACUAAUUUCAAAGUUUCAUGCACCGCAACUGCGAAACCACGACCAUCAAUUUCGUGGGCUAAAGAUGGUCAAAUCUUGCAACCGAAUUCCCAGUUGGCUCGUGGAUUUUAUCGAAUUGAAACGCACGACAUUGAAGUCAAGAAUGGUGCUUACACAGUGAAUAGCACGUUGUUCUUUACUGGAGAAAAUAGGCCGAGUGGUCAAAUCCUUGCAGAAGACCGGGGUUAUUACGCGUGUAUUGCUGAGAAUGAAGUCCGAAAAGAAGAAAGUCACAUGUAUUUAAGGGUUCAACAUAAGCCCAUCUUUAUACAUCAAAGAACAUCCGAAAUCGAUAGAGUAGCUUAUGACUCUGGAGAAACGGCACAUAUUCCCUGCAAAAUCCAAGCUUUCCCCAAACCAGAGUUUGAUUGGUUUCACAAUUCUUUAACACUCAACUUUGAUUCCAAGCAUUCUCGAACAUACGAACAAAACUUGACAAUUCUGGCAAAUGACGUUUAUAUUUCAACUCUAAUUGUGCACGGAGUUCAAGAAGAAGACUAUGGCGGAUACAAAUGCAAGGCAACUAAUUCAAUGGGAAAUUCAUCUUCAGUCAUUACCCUGGAAGCUAAAGGUCCUCCAUCGACGCCCAAGCAUAUUAGAGUCAUUGAUGCUACGGAAGUGUCUAUUUUACUUCAGUGGGAGGCUGGAUUUGAUGGUGGAUAUGAAGAUACCAAGUAUUUGGUGCAGUACUUUUCGGAUGAUGAAGCCGUUGGGGAAGCCAGUUGCCAAAAUCCAUGCAACAUCACCGGUCUGAAACAACAGACCGAGUACAAUUUCAGAAUCAAAGCGGUGAAUGAUGUUGGAACUAGCGAUUUCUCUAAGAAUCUCACUGGGUCCACAAAAGUUGACUUGACCAAAAUUCCUGACCCUAUUGAGGUGAAAUUUGAACCCAAGUCUAAAACUUUGCUAUUUAACCUCAUUAAACCGAUGCCCAUGGCUGAAGCUAAGAUUGAAGUGUUUGUGUCCGGUGAAGCCAGUUGGAGAAAGUAUAGAAUGAUUCCUUUAGAAUUUGUCAACACACAUGAGCACAUUAUUGAGGAAGAGAAACCUUUGGAACAAGUUCGCGUCUCAAUCUGUUUUGAGUCUGAAGCUGCCUGUGGAAACAGUAUCAAUGCAGAUGAAGUGAACUCAGUCCCGGCAAAGGCGCACAUUAGUGGAAGAGUUCCUUACGUAAUUGGAGGAGUAGUGUCUGGAUUUGUUGUACUAAUUUGUGUGGGACUGAUCCUCAUGUUUUGCUGUUGUCGGAAGAAGAAGAUUGUCAAAAAAGAUUAUGAAAUGGGCCGUGGACGUGACGCAACUCAAGACGCUCCACCACCGUAUUACAAUGGAAUGGAGAAUAAAGGAAUGGAACGUUCCAUGGACGUCAUCGAAGACACUCUGAAAAAUUUCGAUCAACAAAACGGUUACAUUAGUUAUAACGGACUACAUCAUCAACCUGUAAAUGGAAAUGGAACAAUUCCAUACAUUGAUCAGAACAGUUACUCCAACUCUAACAACGGGGGGUCCGUCAACUCACAAGAUUCCUUGUGGAAGGCUCCUCAGCUUGUGCCAAGUGAUCAACAACAAAUCAAUAUGCAGAACCAAUCUAUAAAUCACAAUCAUCUCCACGCCACCAUGCAUCAUCAGCAACAACAGCAACAACAACCCCAUCCAAAUCACAGGAAUAGUGGUAACUACGAGCAUCAUCAGUCAUACAGUAACGCACCAGACGAUUACGUCUCCUACGAUAACCGAGGCAACUACGCCACGGACCCAUACGGUCCCAUACCUAAACCUAAGAGAAGACUAGAUCUCAUUGGUGAUUCGCCAUACCAUGAGCUAAGUGGGUUACCGGACCCAUAUUUAGAGCCAACGAGUCAUUCCCAUGCCCACCCCACCCAUAACGGAGGAGGUCAUGAGCAGGAACUUCCAGCUAGAACCCAACCAAUGACAAUGACGUUCGAAGAGUCCUUAGAAAGUGGUUACUCUACUCCUAACUCACGCAAUAGGAGAGUUAUUAGAGAAAUAAUCGUCUGACGACAAUCGUGCCAAUUAGAAACAUCAUUAUAUUCUCAUAGUGAAAAUGAUGAUGAAGAUUCUUUUAUUUAAUAAGCCGAAAGAGUGACCAUUUUACAAAAAUAGUUUUAUCAACGUAUUGGAAGCGCCCACUUAUCCCACUGAGAAUACUAAUGCAAGAACUACGUAUAAUUUAUUUGUUUAAAUGCUCAAGUGAUUUGUAGUGUGUCUGGUGUGGCGAGUGUGCUUGUAAUUUUUUAAAAUUCGACUAUAUACUUCAUCUUCUGUCCACCUGCAUCACUUUUCAAGAAUUAGCCUACAUACAUACAUAUAAACGACAUCACAUAUACUAGACAUACAACUUGAAGCGAAUUUGCAUACUUUAAUUCAAUGGUUACUACUUAUUUUUAUUGUUAUAGACGUCAUUGAUAAAGUAUAUUUUUGUACCUUAAAUUUAACUUGAUAAGAUUUGCAUAAAACUAUAUGAUCUCAUCAUUUAAGUGCAGGAGAUUAUUGUUAUUGCUGCUUAAUUAGUGUUUAAUUUCCUUAUUGCAUAUAUAUUCAUGAACAUGCAUAUUAUGUAAUCGCGUGUUCACAGUUUUGGGUGCAAGUGCUUGUCCAUUCAUCCGUUUAUGCAGCUAUUUAUUAAGUAAAAGAUUUUAACAUGACAAAAUAUGUAUACUUAAGUUUUUUUUACUUGUUAAUUAUUUCCCCCACUCUGUUGCAAUAUUUACCUUGUUUAUACUAUAGCUAAUCUAGAAAAAUAAUGCACCCUUCGUAGCCUAAUUUUUUAUUGUUUUAUUUUCUAAACAUAUAUAAAAUUAAUGUUUUGCGACGCUUUCUUCCACAUGAAGUAUACUUUAUGUCAACUGUGCGUGAUUGAUUAAUGUGUUUUUUUUACAAGUGACAAUGAAUAUUUCUUAUACAGCGUGUAAAUUUUGUAUCAAUAAUAACAUGUAGGUAGAUUUAUAGAGGUAGAUAUCAGAUAAUCCAGAGAACUUACUAAAAUUAGCUAGAAUAUUGCGUAACAUAAUUCCAAGAAAAAAUAAUCAGAAUGUAAAUAUAUGCACAUUAAAGAGUUAUAAACUAAAUGUGUAUGUGAUGUGGUGUGUAAAGCAGAAGGUACGAACGAAUUACAAAUAUACUUAUUCUACUUGAAAGGUACAACUUCUUUGUACUAUACAUACUUUAAAAUUUUGUAAACCAUACUUAACUCAAAUUAGCCAUCACACAAUGACAAUUUAUCUUCGCAAGCCAUAAUAUUGUAUAGUCGGAUUACCUACUUAAUAAAUGUACAUAGAAAUUUAGUCUGUAUUUUAAUUUAUAUUAACUUUACGAUGUUUGUUUCUAGUUGUGUUAUAUGUCGAAUUAGGUAUUUUAUGUAUUUAGUAUAGAGUUCAUAGAAAUAAAUUCGUCGUCGCUACGUAGGGAUGAAUAAUUAGCUUAUUGCAAGAGAUAUGCUCAUUUUUAUAAGGAAAUUCACGAAUGCAUGCAAUAUUUAAGAAGAUGUCACAUCACAAAUAUUUAUUGUCCAACCUCUAAUAAUGUCCACCUUCAGUCUUAAUAAUAACACUGUUUUUGCGGCUCGUAUACAUAAUAAUUGAGAAAUAAUAAUUAUAUAAUCGAAAUCGUACUUCUUUAAUAUUCUGUAUCUCGUAAAAACUUACAAAACAUUGGAAAUACUACUAAAAUCUAAACUAUAGUUUUACUGUCACGUGACCUUUCUUGUAAUAUGGCAAUGUUUGUGAAAUGCUGACGAUCAAUUUAAUAUAAACUCAUGAUCAGGAUGUGUUCGGUAUAAUAAAAUGAAACGUAAAAGUGAA